AUGCCCUUCCUUGAAUCAGACGAUACGGCGCGACACAAAUCCAAAGAUGAAUCUCUCUUCGAAGACACCUGCGACAAAGAUGACGCUAGUGCCAUGUUGGAAGCAGACGACAAAGACUGCGAUGAUCCAAACAAGCAGAAACUAAAGUCUUUUUCUUCGGGGGGUUCCGAUUCUGGCAAAGCUGGCAAACCUCGUCGUGCUCGAACUGCCUUUACAUACGAGCAGUUGGUAGCAUUGGAGAACAAAUUCAAGACUACACGUUACCUAUCGGUGUGCGAACGCCUUAAUUUGGCACUCUCGCUGAAUCUUACGGAAACCCAGGUGAAAAUUUGGUUCCAGAAUCGUCGAACGAAAUGGAAGAAACAGAAUCCUGGAAUGGACGUAAACAGUCCUACGAUUCCUCCGAGCAGUGGUUCGCUUUCUGGGUUUUCUUCUCCGUAUUCCAGUGCUGCCCCGUUGUAUGCACAGGGCUUGCAUCCUUAUCUUCAAAAUCACAAUCUGUACGGAGCAUUGGGUAUUUCAAAACCGAUUGAAUUAAUAAACAGGCUUUAG